GUUGAAGGUUCUGAAGAUGCUGAUGAUUCUAAAUUCCAUACUUGUGACAAACGGAUCACGAUCUAAGUGCAAGUCGAAGAGCAAGAACGGAUCUGCGCCGAAGAAUCGUCUCGCUUCGCCAGGACCACAGAAUUUCAAUUGUCAACACAGAUCUCCCUCGAAAUCAAGGUCGAAGGGAUCAAGGAAAGACGAAAAUGUAAAUGAUGAAAGAGAAUAAAGGUCGAAAUGACGAAAUCCAAGAUCCAAAGGAACGAUGAAACAAAUGCGAGUGAUCUAAAGAAGAUGAAGUUUGAGCAAUAGUACCAUCCAGAUCUCAAAAGGAAAUCCAAAAAUUUAAAGAUCUUUACCGCACGCGAAAUGGAACGCAUAGUACAGUAGGUUGACGAUCAUUCUAUGUACUGUCCAUAUUUAAAUUGAAACCUCACGAUCCUUAUCCUAUCUUUCAUUUUAUCAUUUUUUCACACAGGGAAACGAUAAGUUUACGGUCCACAAAACAUCAGUAGGCCACACCAUCCUCAGACAAAAUGGUGAAGGUUUUAUGGAUAGUAAAAAUGUCUGGGUCUGGAAACUUGUGAUGCUAAAAUGUGCAUAAUAAAAACGCUUCCGAAUGCAGUCCGGCAUGACAACUUUCCAAAACGCUUUCUCAUAGGCAAUCCGCAUGAGAAACUGCGCUUUUGCACGACAAAGAAGGCUACGACUUUUGUUGGUUAUGCAAUACAGAUUUUCUAGGUAUGGAAAGCUAGCAUGACAAGUUCCAAUCUUCCAGACCCAGACACUUUUACAAUCCAUAGGUAUCCGUCUUGAACGAUUGCUUGAACAGCAUCGUGAACGCCGAAAAGCGGGGAAAGCGCCAGGUCCUGAUCAAGCCGUCCUCCAAGGUAUAGUCGUUUUUCGCAUCACAAAUUCCAUUUGUAACUGUUUCCUUGCAUGACAAGUUGAAGAAGGAGAUUAAGUUUUAAAGCAGAGAUUCGCAUGCGGUCUGCCAUCUUUAGAUCUGUGAGAUAGGAACCACGAUCCCGACUGCGCCAACAUGCUGCCAUCGGUCGCUGAGAGAAACAAGAGAAUGAGUUGUUGUGACAUUGAACUCGUAGUUCAUUUCCUACCUUGCAAUACAUAAACGCGUACAUUUUUAAAUUCCACUACUCCCUACAGGUGAUCGUCAAGUUUCUGCAGUGCAUGCAGAAGCACGAGUACAUCGGUGACUUCGAGAUUGUCGAUGACCACCGUGCGGGCAAGAUCGUGAUCAACCUCAACGGUCGGUUGAACAAGUGCGGCGUGAUCUCCCCGCGUUUCGACGUCACUCUUUCCCAGAUCGAACAGCUGGCUUCCGACAUCCUUCCGUCUCGUCAGUUCGGCCACUUGGUGCUCACCACCACCUACGGCAUGCUCACCCACGAGGAGGCCCGUCGCAAGCACACCGGUGGAAAGAUCGUCGGAUUCUUCUUCUAAGUUAGGGACUGUAGGAAAUCACACGCCAACAUACUAUGAAUGUUGGUUGAUGUAAUUGAGAGGGAACAACUUCGUGGAUUUAGGUCUGCUGAGAAAACUCGCGGAUUUAGAUCUAGAAUGAUUUUCUCCCAAGAAAGAGGAUGCUGAACUUUAACCCGAGGACAAACUUUUAGUGCCUAUGUUUUAGGUGGACCAACAAC